AUGGACCUCACCACGGAUGGUGGCUGCAGCAAGGCCAUGGACCCAGAUAUGGCCCCUGGCAGCAGCCCAGGCUUGAGUGACACCAUGGCUCUGGGUGGCAGCACAGGCCAUUUCGAUCUGGAGAAUGUCUACAUCACAAGACGCAGUAAGGAUGAGAAACAGUACGCGUCCAGAGACACAGCCGGAAGUGAAUUACUGAGUGUGCAAGUGUUUCUAAAGCACUGCAUUUCUUUUCCAGUGGAACACACAGAAAACACCGAACUCCCUCUGACACUACUUGAAAAACACAACCCUUGGCCAGCCUAUGUCACACACACCUCCCUGGCAGUCAGGCGGCUCAUUGACAAGAGCAGAGUCCGCGAGCUGGAGUGCAUGCGCGCUGCUGAGGAAAACCGCAAGUCCGUGAAACAGAGCAAAACCAGCUUCAUGACGCUGAAAAGGAAGAAGUCAUCCAAGUUCUCGGAACUCGUGCUGAAGGACGCCCUGUCAGGAUCCAGGCUAUCCACGUGGGACCAUUUCUCUGCAACAAACGUGAGUCCCAUAUUCUUCCCAGAAUCUGAGCAACUGCAAAUGGAAGCCAGAGAGGGUCCCACGUUCAACUACAACAAGAUCAUUUUCUCCAAGUGGCCUGCGAUGAGGAAGCUCCCAUAUGGCUUAUUACAGGACAGCAAGGAGACAAAUGCCAAAGGUUAACAAAGAGCCAGCCCUGCGGCCAUCCCCUGAGGAUGUACAACAG